AUGAAGUUUUCUCAUAGUCUUGCUCUUUCGGGCCUCCUCGCGUCGGUUUCGGCCGUGCCUAUGGCCACUGGCCCCUCUGGAAAGUGGUUUGACCGCUUCGUGGUUGUCGUGAUGGAGAACACGAAUAAGGAUACCGCACUUGCGGACCCUUAUUACCGCCAGCUGGCCGACGAGGGUGUGCUGCUGGAUGGUUAUCAGGGAACCACACAUCCCUCUCAACCAAACUACAUCACCAUGAUUUCUUCGACCACCGCGGCCGGCGUCUAUGACGAUGCCGACCACAACACUACUCAGGGUAACUUGAUUGAUAUUCUUGAGCCUGCCGGUAUCUCUUGGAGGGCUUAUAUGGAGGGCUACUAUCCUUUGGCUGGUGGUGCUUGCAAUCCCUUGCACCAGAAUCAGACCUCUGGCUACGUCCGCAAGCACAACCCUUUCAUGUCCUUUGACAAUAUCCGUGAAAAUACUGCUCGCUGCCAGAAAAUCGUCAAUGCCGAAGAGCAUUUUGCCGCAGAUGUUGCCAAGGGCAAAUACGCUCCCCAGUACAUGUACUAUACUCCUACCCUGAAGAACGACGCCCACGACACCAACAUCACCUACACUGAAACCGACCUCAAGUGCCUCAUCAACACGAUGAAGGGCAACGAGCAAUUCAUGAAGAACACGCUGAUCAUCGUGACCUUUGACGAGAACGAUAUCUACUCUCCCGAUUCCUACGGAACUUCCAAUGACGUCUACACCGUGCUGCUCGGCAAGGAUACUUUGAGCUGCACUGGCUGUGUCGAUAAACAGUUCUACAACCACUUCACCCAGCUCACCACCAUCGAACAAAAUUGGGGUCUUUCUCACGUUCCCAACACCGAUGGCAAUGGUGCCAUGUGGGACAGCUGGAUGGUUCCUUUCAACACUCUCAAGGCUAAGAACCACCGGAAUUAA